CACCGAAUGCUUCUGUAUAACAUCACAGAAGCCUUCAGUAUCUUUACUGACUGAUACAAACGUAUCUCUUGUUUAUGAUUGUAUUAUGUGAUAUUAUUCUUGGAUUUCAGCACUCCAUUAUCCUUCUGCUAUCCCAAAACUGCCGAAGAGGAAGGUGUUCUCAACUCCCCUCCAACUCUAAACCUCAACCUCUGGAUUUGACAAAGAUUCCUGGAGACCGUUCCUGAGCGGAAAACAUAUCAAAGAAGACCCACAUAUUGUAAAAGACUCGACUGUGCCGCGCGAGGGGCGGAAUGGCGUUGUGGAAAAGACUCAAGAUUCUUGUUUGUGCACCCAGGUUGCGAUAAAGAGAAAAGAGACACAACAAAGAUAUUCUGUAUCAGCACAGAAGAUAAAACAAGCAGACAACGGGUGGCAUUUUGUUCGUCAGAAGGCGUUAAGAUGCGUUGUUUUUCAGCACGGGAGCGGGCGCAUGCCAUGCUGUAGCGCUGCGCAGCCAAAUGGCACGAGCCAGCGCGACCGAAUCGCUCUGACGUUCGCGGAGGACAAGACGUGUGAGGAUGAGCGGCAGCUGCCGUGGGACCAGUCUGCUUGUCCCGAUGUGUUCUCCACUCUCCGUUCGGUUCGCCUUCACUCUUCUUCGCACAUCUGGUCGUCUUCGCUGUCUCUGUUCUGAGAUCGCGCGUAGGUAAAUAGAACCGCGUCAGGCGUAGGGACAAUGGAGUUGUCUGAGGUUUGCUGUUCCAGCGCCAGCGAGGAGCUGUACACCAUCAACAAAAUCCCCAGCAACAAUGGGAACCGACCGAAGCGCCUGCUGUGGCAGAAUGCCGUGCGACACAUCACCGAGCAGCGAUUCAUUCACGAGCACAGUCCGACACCCGUCUCACCGGACGAGCCUCACGCGCAGGGCUCGCGCAAACAAUCCUCCGGCAGGACGUCGAUGAGCGACCGGCACAACAACGGCGGCACUAAAGUCUUCCCCGAGCGCUCGAGCAGCGACCUUGGUUUCCUUCAGAUCGACUGCGCGCCCAGCAACUCCGACUUCUUUCUGAGCUGGGGCUACACGUACCGCGGGGUCAUCUUCCCCACGCUGCGCUACGCCUUCAAGUCCAGGGACCUCGAGCGACUGUACCAGCGCUACUUCCUGGGCCAGCGACGGAAGUCGGUGGUGGUCAUGAACAUUCUGGACGUGGUGACAAAGCUGACCCUGCUCAUGCUACACCUGACCCUGGCGUCCACUCCGAUGGACCCGAUUAAAGGAAUGCUGCUCGGCUUCUUCACGGGCAUCGAGGUGGUCAUCUGCGCUCUGGUGGUGGUGCGCAAGGACACGAGCUCGCACGGAUACCUGCAGUACAGCGGCGCGGUGACCUGGGUCGCCAUGGCCACACAGAUCCUCGCGACGGGACUGGGCUACGGCUUGCUCGGGGAUGGGAUAGGGUACGUGCUCUUCACGCUCUUUGCCACCUACAGCAUGCUGCCUCUGCCUCUCACCUGGGCCAUCGUGGCGGGACUGCUGACCUCCGCGCUACACAUCGCGCUCCAGCUAUUGGUGCCCCCUCGAGCGCAGAUCUCCACGAAUCAGCUGUUAGCUCAGGUGCUGCUGUUCUUAUGUAUAAACACUGCAGGGAUGUUUAUCAGCUACCUGUCAGACCGCGCCCAGCGACAGGCCUUUCUGGAGACACGCAGGUGCAUCGAGGCACGUCUCCGCCUGGAGACCGAGAACCAGCGCCAGGAGCGUCUGGUCUUGUCAGUGCUGCCGCGCUUCGUAGUGCUGGAGAUGAUUAACGACAUGACCAACGUGGAGGACGAGACCCUACAGCACCAGUUUCACCGUAUCUACAUUCACCGCUAUGAGAACGUGAGUAUUCUCUUUGCUGAUGUGAAGGGCUUCACCAAUCUUUCCACCACACUCUCCGCUCAGGAACUCGUUCGAAUGCUCAAUGAACUCUUUGCACGCUUUGACCGACUGGCACACGAGCAUCAUUGUCUGAGGAUCAAGAUACUGGGGGAUUGUUAUUAUUGUGUUUCUGGCCUUCCUGAGCCUCGACUGGAUCAUGCCCACUGCUGUGUUGAGAUGGGCCUCAGCAUGAUCAAAACCAUCAGGUAUGUGCGCUCACGUACAAAGCAUGACAUAGACAUGCGCAUCGGUAUCCACUCCGGCUCAGUUCUCUGUGGAGUUCUUGGUUUGCGGAAAUGGCAGUUUGACGUCUGGUCUUGGGAUGUCGACAUAGCCAACAAACUGGAGUCAGGGGGAAUACCUGGGAGGAUCCACAUCUCUAAAGCGGCUCUAGACUGUCUGAACGGUGUUUAUGAGGUGGAGGAGGGUCACGGCAAGGACCGUAACGACUUCCUGCGCAGGCAUAACAUCGAGACUUUCCUGAUCAAGCAGCCAGAGGAGAGCUUACUCACACUGCCUGAGGACAUCAUGAGAGAUUCCACCAACCAAUCAGAUCACAGAACAUCUAACACUUCCUUCACGGAGGGAACAUGGAGCCCUGAACUUCCCUUCCAUAACAUAGUGGGCAAACAGAAUACUCUGGCUGCGCUCACACGUCACUCCAUUAACCUGCUCCCCAACCACCUGGCUCAAGCCCUGCAUGUGCGCGCCGGCUCACAGGAAAUUAACGCUCGCAUGCAGAGCGCCAUCGCCCUGCGCAGCGGGGACAAGCUCCGCCAAGAACAUAUCUCCCCCUUCUCUCUCACCUUUAGAGAAGCACUGCUGGAGCACAAGUAUUCCCAGAUGCGAGACGAGGUGUUUAAGUCUAAUUUAGUGUGUGCCUUCAUUGUUCUCUGCUUCAUCACUGGAAUACAGAGCUUACUUCCCUCAGCAAGGAUGGUCACUAUGGUGAUACAGUUCUCCGUCCUCAUCUUGCUGCACUGUUGCCUUGUUGUCGUGACAACGGCGGAGGACUAUAAGUGUUUGCCGCUGGUUUUGCGAAAAGCAUGUUGCUGGGUGAACGAAACGUACGCUGCACGGAACGUUGUCAUCUUCCUCUCCAUCCUCAUCAACUUUCUGGCUGCCAUGAUUAACAUACUUUGGUGUGAUUUCGAUAAAUCCGGCUCAUUCAGGAACCAGACGCUUAAUGCAUCUGCCUCAAUCCCCGAUAUCUGCUUCUACCCAGAGUAUUUCGUGUUUACUGGAGUGUUGGCUAUGGUGACGUGUGCAGUGUUCCUCAGACUGAACUCUGUCCUGAAGCUGGCCAUCCUGCUGAUGAUGAUCGCUAUCUACGCACUGCUGACCGAGGCCUUCUACACACCUCUGUUCAUCCGCUAUGACACACUUACACUUAAUCAGAGCAAAAGCUUCCUGGGAACCAAGGAAACGUCUCUGCUUCUCAUGGCGAUGUUCCUUUUAGCUGUGUUCUACCAUGGCCAACAGCUGGAGUAUACCGCUCGUCUGGACUUCCUAUGGCGUGUACAGGCGAAGGAAGAGAUAAAUGAGAUGCGAGAGCUGCGUGAACACAAUGAGAACAUGCUCCGGAACAUUCUCCCCAGCCAUGUCGCACGCCACUUCCUGGAGAAAGACAGAGACAAUGAGGAGCUCUACUCGCAGUCAUACGAUGCGGUGGGAGUGAUGUUCGCCUCGAUUCCAGGCUUUGCUGAUUUUUACUCACAGACUGAGAUGAAUAAUCAGGGUGUGGAGUGUUUGCGGCUGCUCAACGAGAUCAUCGCUGAUUUUGAUGAGCUGCUGGGGGAGGAACGCUUUCAGGACAUCGAGAAGAUAAAGACCAUUGGCAGCACAUACAUGGCCGUGUCAGGAUUGUCUCCUGAGAAACAACAAUGUGAGGAUAAAUGGGGGCAUCUGUGUGCACUGGCUGAUUUCGCCAUUGCUCUGAAUGAAAGCAUUCAGGAGAUCAACAAACAUUCGUUUAACAACUUCCAACUCAGAAUCGGCAUGGCUCAUGGCUCUGUGGUGGCUGGAGUGAUUGGCGCUAAGAAGCCGCAGUAUGAUAUUUGGGGGAAAACAGUCAAUCUGGCAAGUCGCAUGGACAGCACAGGUGUCAGCGGAAAGAUCCAGCUCCCAGAGGAGACCUACGGCAUCCUGAACGAGCGCGGCUUCGCCUUCGAGUACCGAGGCGAGAUCUACGUGAAGGGAAUCAGCGAACAGGAAGGCAAGAUCCGCACGCACUUCCUGCUGGGCCGCGUGCAGCCCAACCCGCUCAUCCUGCAGCCGAGGAAGCUCACGGGCCAGUACUCGCUCGCCGCCGUGGUGCUCGGCCUGGUCCAGUCCCUCAACCGGCAGAAACAGAAACAAAUCCUCAAUGAAAACAACAACUCAGGCAUCAUGAAGGCCCACUACAACCGCAGAACUCUGCUGGCACCGGGCAGCUCAGACACCAGCCACGCUGAGGUCACGGACAAGAGCGAGCUGGCCUAGAGAAUGAGGAAAACAAUCUGCGUACUUAACCAAAAGACUGAGCUGCUGCCGCUGACUGAGUGUCCCUCUUGCUGUCUGUGUUUCUUUUUGUAUUUCUUUUGUAUCUGAAAAACAAUAAAGGGGUUUAAUUUUUUUAUAAAGUAAUGGGCUUCCUUUAAAUAAAGGUCUGUAUGUUUGAUCGUUUACAUUCAUGGUGAUGCUUUCACGUUAUGUCGUAAUUAUUGUGACUGAGAAAUUGUUAAUGUCCCGAAACCCAGAUUUUAUUCAACACUUAUAACCAUAAUGGUCCCAUUUGCAGCUCUUUUUGUUGUUGUUGUUGUUGUUGUUAGCAUUGUUUAUCAGUUUAAGAACAAAAAAGCACAUUAGGAAGUCGAGACAUUCAAAAAAUGUUCUAACUGGUUGCUAAGGCUUGUAGAGUGUUCCGAAAGGUUGCUAGGCCGUUCCAAGCUAAG